AGUUGGCCUCUGAAGACCUCGAUCUUGAUGGCGCAUGCGAGCAACCACAAGUUCUACACAAUGGAUAGGAAGGGCAUCACUCCUUCCAAGGUGGCACACUUCGUUCCAUGCACUCCUACGGCCCUCUUCUUGACUCUUCAACGCGUCGGCGACGCAUUCUUCGCAGAAGCCCAUCUUCCUCUUCGAAGUCUUCUGAACCUGAUUGUCGAACAGGAACAAGACGGUCUCGCUCAAGCGUUUUUCUCCUUUGGCCCCAUCCGCGCCCGUUUAGCCGCCGCGCAUGCAGCUGGUAACGUGCAUGCCGGCGAAGGACCAGGAUAGGCCCAUCGGAAUGGAGUGCGUUGCGCUGUACGCCUUGGAGUCCCGCGAAUCCUCUUGAGAAUAACAAGAAGAUCGUCGGACCCCAAAUUUUGCCCGAAGGUUGUUUUUCUAUCCCGGAUUGGCAAAGCGCGAGCACGGUCGCUGGGACUACGGCGUUCGGCCGCAGGCUCCGCGUCACCGUCAAAGCACGCGCAUGAUCUGCGGGUGACUCUCUCAUCCGCACGUUCUCGUCUAGAGCGACGGUCGAGGAACGCCACGAGAGGCGGCUCUCCGCAUCGACGCGGAGACGUUUGGUUCCAUAUUUGCUCGAUAAUGAAAGGAUAGAGAGUGUGCGCGCCAAGGUCGCCACUUCGCACAAGGCUUCAGGAAUCGCCCAUUCAUCGUUUCCAUUCGUGACUUCAGAGUGACCAUUGGAUCUGAAGGUGCUCCGCUAGGUCGGUCAUAUGGACGAUCG